UAGAUUUUGCGAAUUUGAAAUCAGUUUAGUUCGGUUAGUAAGCGCGAUCAGCCGUUGGUAAGUCGUCGUUGGAGCUGCCCGGUGUUGGCUCGCACGACGCUACGCCGUCUAUCGUGGGACUUUGUUAUCUGCUAACUGUGCGUUAAAUUCCGCCAUAUGCUAUGCUGUGAAGUGUUGGAUGAAUUAUAACAGUGGUGUAGAUUGUGUUUUGAAAGCUUGAACAAUCGCUUAUCGAAAAUGCCAGAUGCUACGCGAAUCGAGUCCUUGAUAAAGGAGUUCAACAACAACCCCAAUGGGCCGAAUAAGCUGCACCAGUCCAGGACGCGCUUCAUGCCCAUCGUUUUCGGCCGUGACGGGAAAGCUCAACCGAAACCGGGACCUCGCAGUGCCGAUGUACAGGACUUUUAUGCCUUGCAAAAGCGCUGUCUACGCACCGGAACUCUAUUCGAGGAUCCCGAAUUCCCAGCCAACAAUUCGUCGCUCACAUUCAGCGAAGAAUCUCGCCAGAAUCUCAAGUGGCUCCGGCCGAGUGAAAUUGCCGCCGAUCCCAGAUUCUUCGAGAACAGCUACUCUCGGUUCGAUGUCAACCAGGGUGAGCUGGGAGACUGUUGGCUGCUGGCGGCGGCGGCAAACCUAACCCAGGACUCCCAGCUGUUCACCAGGGUCGUUCCGGGGGACAACAGCUUCAAGCAGGACUAUGCUGGGAUCUUUCACUUUCGGUUUUGGAGGUUCGGACAGUGGUGCGACGUGGUGAUCGACGAUCGUUUGCCGACGGUGCAUGGAAAGUUGGUGUACAUGCGAUCCACCGAAGACAAUGAGUUCUGGAGUGCGCUGCUGGAGAAGGCUUAUGCGAAGUUGUUUGGAUCGUACGAGGCUCUGAGGGGAGGGUCGGCCAGUGAAGCGAUGGUGGAUUUCACCGGAGGUGUGGCGGAGUCCUAUGAGAUGAAGGAUGUACCGCAGGAUUUGUUUCAAAUUAUCGAGAAAGGCUUUAAGAGCCACGCAAUGUUCGCUUGCAGUUUGGAGCCUGAUCCGUUCAAACCGGAAGCGGAAACUCCUCAGGGAUUGAUUAGGGGUCACGCGUACUCGCUGACGAUGGCCAAGAUGGUGGAUAUCCAAACUCCGAAUGUUAAGGGGAAAAUACCCUUGUUGAGAUUGAGAAAUCCGUGGGGCAAUGCCAAUGAAUGGAAUGGAGCGUGGAGCGAUAAGUCACCAGAAUGGAAAUUCAUUCCAGAAGAAACCAAAAAGGAAAUUGGACUGAUUUUUGAACUAGACGGUGAGUUUUGGAUGUCCUACCAGGAUUUUGUGAAGUAUUUUGAUCGCAUUGAGAUUUGCAACAUGAGCCCAGAUUGUCCAAUAAUCCGACAGAGGGGAGAGUAUCCUUGGAAACAGUCAGCCUUCGAAGGAGAAUGGGUUAUUGGUAGCACUGCUGGUGGUUGCAGGAACUAUCCAGAAACGUUUUGGCAUAACCCACAGUAUGUGGUGCACUUGAAAGACUCUGACAAACAUGACGAGGAAGGUAAAGCAACGGCCAUAAUAGCUUUGCAACAGAAAAAUCGAAGAUCCAAGCGAAACAAAGGCAUGGAUUGUCUCACUAUAGGUCUCAUUAUCUACCGGGUAACGGAACGUGAUCUCAUAAAGAAACCUCUGCCAAAAGACUUUUUCCUACGGAACGCAUCCGUAGCGCGGUCAACUUUUCUCAACAUGCGAGAAGUCACUUCCAGGUUCCGGUUGAAUCCCGGCACCUACGUAGUAGUUCCGUCGACGUUCGAGCCAAACAUCGAAGGCGAGUUUUUGAUCCGGGUGUUCUCCGAGUGCCCCGAUUGUAUGACCGAGAACGAAGGCUGCGUUGGAGAAUGCGACUUGGAUCCUCGGGUGCCGUCAGACAGCAACAACAACGAUGUACCAGUAGCGCCCGUUAAAAUCAAAGCCCCAGAUCCAACGAAGCCUGACCCUCAGCGACAAGCUAUGGAAAAACUUUUCCUGGACAUCGCCGGUGCCGAUCUGGAGGUUGACUGGAUGGAGCUGAAAUUAGUUUUGGAUCACUGUUUCCGAGAUGACAUUGCGAUUGCCGCCAAAGGAGUAUCUCGAAGUUACCGCGUAGCUCCAACGGAGUCUAAAAAAUCAAUAACUCCUCAAGGCGAAGUCGUGUGCUGUGGUCUACUGGAGAUAUUGCGAGAUUGGUAUGUCAACAUGGCCGGAGGGAACAAUCGGCCUGCGCAAACUUCUUCUGGAGAUCAGAUGACAGUCAAAGAGCGGGCUCCGCUUAUGAGCGGUGAGACAAAUCUGGGAACCAGUGCGGCCGGAUUCUCCAAAGAUGCCUGCCGUUCGAUGGUAGCCAUGCUCGAUGAGGAUCAAUCCGGAAAGCUUGGGUUCAUCGAGUUCCAAAAACUCCUAACGGAAAUUGCCCGUUGGAGAGCGGUGUUCAAGCUGUACGACACGGACCGAUCCGGACAUUUGAACCCAUUCGAACUACGGACAGCUCUUCAAUCAGCUGGCUACCAUCUGACCAAUAAGAUUCUCAACAGCCUGAUGCAUCGCUAUGGCUCGCGUGAAGGUGAGAUAUGGUUCGAUGAUUUCAUUACCUGUGCGGUGAAGAUAAAGACAAUGAUCGAUAUUUUCCGCGCAAAGGACGUGGAUGGAAUCGCUUCGUUCAAUAUGGAUGAUUGGAUGCUAAAAACUAUUUAUUGUUAAAUACCAUUGAAAGCGCAAGACCAACCAAUAAUAAUGUUUAUACUAUUAUGCUGUACCCUACAGACUGAUGCUGCUACAAUGCAGCAUUUGCCAUUUUAAAUUUCCUAGAGGCCGGUACUUAACACAAAAGUUCAAAUCUUAUUGUUAUAAAUAACUAAAUAUUAAAUAAAGCUGUUUAGUGUUUGAGACAUA